AUGGACUCGUUUGAUUGCAACAGCCCUGCGUCAUCGGCGCAGAGUGUACACGCGCAAUUGACCUUUACUGCCUGCCCGCGAACACGCUUGAACCUCCACAAAUUGACCACGGACAUGAGGCCUUCUCCACGCUGUCUCGCGCCGGGGUUCUUCAGGCGGAGUUUGGAUGAGUUCAAACGCCUCUCCAAUGUUGCCCUGAAAUUUGAAGCAAUCAAGAAGCCUACGAAGGCCUUUCCUCUCAUCACCUUUGACUCGCCAGAUGACCUUUCCGCAUGCAAGCGCAUGAGCGACAAAGAUAUUGGCGGCUUCUCCAGCGCACACUUGGAUUUCCACCCUAUCACGCACGAUGCGCCCUCACAUGCCCGUUUCUACGGCGAGAUUUCUACAAAGCUGCCUGCAGAUCAACCAAACGUUCAAAGAACUGGAUAUGCUGGGUGGCGGACGCUGGAUCGCGGCUUCACAAUAUUUGGCAAGUCGCUUUGGGAUGUGAACAGCUAUAAUUAUCUUGCUAUUCAUUUCAAAAGCGACGGGCGCAAAUACUUUGUGAACGUCCAGACCGAGUCGAUAGUCCCUACAGAUAUACACCAACAUCGCUUAUAUACAAAGACGCCUGGCGAAUGGGAGACUCUGCUCAUAAAAUGGAGUGAAUUUGUCCGCACAAAUCACGGCCAAAUCGUAGAGCCUCAACGUGAAAUGCUGACGCAGAAGGUGCGGACCGUGGGUACAGCUUUGAUUGACAGGAUCCCGGGCCCUUACGAUCUGAGCAUCAGUAAAGUGUGGGCUACAAAUGGCGGGAGCGAUGACGAGAUACUGGCCAACGUCAAAGGUGCUGUCACAGGCUUGCCCAUGUCCCGGCUACGUUGA